UGCGUUUGUGACCCGUUUUUAAAUAGUGCCGUUUCGCUCCAGCUGUUAAGGUCUGACAUUACGAUUGUCCGCGGGUCUCUCUCUCUCUCUCUCUCUCUCUCUCUCUCUCUCUCUAUAGUCACACAGUUGUGUGUUGUGCCUCAAGGCGAUCUUUAAACGUUGCACUCUUCGAAAUGUUCACCGGCUUAUGAAGAGAAAGUCGCCGUGACCAGCCGUUAAGGGUAAACCACAAAGCGUUAAUGUGUUUUCCCAGGCUCUGGCGCCACCUACCCCUAAUUAAAGCCACACCGGACUCUGUUAGGUAAUUCAGUACUCGCGCAGAAAUAGCAAAGCGUCAAUUGAUGCAUACGCGCUACCACGGAAGCUUCAGAUCAAAAGGGUUGCCGUCUUUUUUUUGCUGCUGGAAUAGCCCGCUGCACGCUGGAAUCGAAAACGAAAUCUCAGUUUAAAGCUCCAACAGUCUCGUGCACAACAUUCGGUUGUCUGAGUAGGAGGCACCACGCUGAUGAAAAAGGGGGUCUUGAAAAAAAGGUUCUCCAUUCACACACGUAUUUUUCCUGGAAAGCACAAGCAAUAUUUUUUUAAAGCGUGCAGCUACACAGAAUAGUGGACAUGGAGAAAGGACUUUGGAAAUGAGUGGAAGACGGUAACGACGAUUUUAACGGUGUGUGGUUUAGCUAGUUCUUUACGAAGUGAGGAAUGCUAUCAUCUCCCGCAUCAAUGUUUCACUGGGGCAAGUGGAAAAAAAGGAUGGGAGCGAAUAGUUCUUCCAAAAGGCCAGUCUUUGAUGAAAAGGAGGAUGACGCUCGGAUGCCCAAUGCAAGUGAAACAGACACUGGGCAGAGCACGAGCAAAGAGCUCACACAACAGUACCCUUCUUCUGCUGCUUUAGUGAAUUUCGACCAUUUCCAAAUACUGCGAGCUAUUGGAAAGGGAAGCUUUGGCAAGGUCUGUAUUGUACAGAAGAAGGACACAGAGAAGAUGUACGCCAUGAAGUAUAUGAACAAACAACAGUGCAUUGAGAGAGACGAGGUCCGAAACGUCUUUAGAGAGCUAGAGAUUCUUCAGGAAAUUGAACAUGUAUUUUUAGUAAAUCUCUGGUACUCAUUCCAGGAUGAGGAAGACAUGUUCAUGGUGGUGGACUUGCUCUUGGGUGGAGAUCUUCGUUACCAUUUACAGCAGAAUGUUCAGUUCACAGAAGAGGCAGUGAAACUUUACAUUUGUGAAAUGACCUUGGCAUUAGACUACCUACAGAGUCAGCACAUUAUUCACAGAGAUAUCAAGCCUGACAAUAUCCUCCUUGAUGAAAAAGGACAUGCACAUCUCACUGAUUUUAAUAUAGCAACCAUAAUAAAAGAUGGGGAAAGAGCUACUGCAUUAGCCGGAACAAAACCUUACAUGGCACCAGAAAUUUUCCACUCAUUUGUAAAUGGAGGGACAGGAUAUGCCUUUGAAGUGGAUUGGUGGUCCCUUGGAGUGACAGCUUAUGAAGUUCUUCGAGGAUGGAGACCAUAUGACAUUCAUUCCAGCAACACUGUUGAAUCCUUACUACAGUUAUUCAGUACUGUGAGUGUGCAGUACUGUUCUGCCUGGUCCAAGGAAAUGGUAGCUCUGUUGAGGAAGUUAUUAACUGUCAAUCCUGAACAUCGCUUCUCCAGCCUAGCAGAUAUGCAGACCUCCCCCUACCUGUCUGACGUGGAUUGGGAUGCUAUUAAUGAAAAAAAGGAAGACGCUGGAUUUGUUCCAAAUAAAGGCCGUUUGCAUUGUGAUCCAACCUUUGAACUUGAAGAAAUGAUCCUGGAGUCAAGGCCACUUCACAAGAAGAAAAAGAGGCUAGCAAAGAAUAAAUCUAGAGACAACAGCAAGGACAGCUCCCAAUCAGAAAAUGAAUAUCUUCAGGAAUGCCUUGAAGUUGUCCAGCAAGAAUUUAUGAUCUUUAACAGAGAAAAGUUGAAGAAAAGACAGGAAGAGCUAAGCCGUUCUGAAAGUCAAGCAGAAAUUGAACCUGAAGGUGAAGGUGAAGGUGAAGGUGAAGGUGAAAGUGAAGCUGUAGCAGAAGGAGAAGCUGAUGUGGAAACUAUAGGAGAAACCGAAGCUGAAACAGAAGCAAAAGCAGAUGUAGAAGAAGACCCUGAAGCAGAGAGUUCCACCGUGAACAUGUGCACUUCGGUUUGUUCAUCAACAAGCAGCAGCUAAAGUCUGAUUCUUUACAAGAGGAGCGACAGGCACUCUGAAUCUCAGUUAUUAUCUAAUGCUGCUUACACCUUUUUAUUUCAUGUAGAUUCAUCCAUGAUCUGCUGUGUUGGAAACCACAGCUUUUAAUGUGGUUCUGAUAGAAAGCGUUAGCGUGACCUAGAAUCUGUGACAUUAACAGCAAAGACAUUAUAAGAUAGGAACCCUGUCAACAGAGUAGCAAUGAGUGGAGAAAUACAGUACAGUCAUGAGCUGUUCUUUUAGACUUUUAUCUGUAACUCUCAGGAUACUCUUUGAGAAUAAAUUACCCUGAAACCCCAUUCACUUAUUUUGCUUGAUGUUACCAGUUUUCUGGUUUUCCUGGUAACAAAAUCUGUUUUUGCAUUAGAGGACACUAAGGAAAGCACACAUAAUCAGAUUAGCUAGACCAAGAUUAUUUUCAAAAAUAUAAUACUGCACAAUGGCCAUUUUUAGCAUAUUGGCACAAUCAACCUUGAUUGCUGUUAAUGAAAGGCAGUAAAAAAAGAAAAGCAUAUUGUGCUUUCCCAUAUAUUGAGGCAGACGUUUCAUUAAUCCCCUUCGGCUCUUAUUGUUACCUUCAUUGUAGUGAUACACUGUUUUAUCACAUCUCACUAAAUCAAUAUUUCUGAUUAUCUUACAAAAGGGAAAUUUAAUUACAGCUACCACAUGGCCAUCUCUGUUUCAAAUUACAUUGCCUUUGAAUAUUUAAAUAGUUUAUAGCAUAACAGAAUUAAGUAAGAAUGAUAUGUUAUAUAGAAGUAUGAUAUGUUAUAUAGUAAAAAUGCAUGGUAAUACUUAAUAUAGCUGCGCUUUCAUUUGAUAUUAGAUUUAAUUGGAGCUGAAGGGGUCAGUCAUUGAGCAUUAUAGAUGUAAACUAUUAUUAUACUGUUAGAGUGAUGAUGCUGCCUCACAACUCCAAGGACCAGGGUCUAGUUUCUGCUUUGGUCACUGCCUAUAUGGAGACUGCAUGUGUUGCUUUUCUCCAGGUUCUUUAGUUCCCUUCCUCAUCCUAAACGAAUUUUUAGGUUGACUUGUGACACUAAAUUGGCUUGUUGUGGGUAUGUGUGCCUUUGAUUAACUGUAUCCUGUCCAGGGUACGUUAACCCUUAUUAACCCAAAAGAGCAGCAGUGCAGAGGUCUUGGGUUUGAUUUGUGGCUUAGUCAUUGCACAUUCAUUCCAUGUUUACUUGAGUUAUCAGGUUGCCCGUCACAUCCCAAAGAAGUGCAUGUUAGCUAAUUUGGCAACUCUGAAUUGGCCUCCUCCAAACAUUAGAGUCCCCUGUAAUGGACUUCAUCCAAUCUGUGCAUGGUUCUUGAUUUGCCCCAGAUGCCACCUGGAUAGGCUAUGGCUCAAAAGUAUCCUUUACAUAACAAAAGGAGAUUCAUUAAAAAUGGACAAAACCCCAAAGGCAUACAGUACUGCUAGUAUGUCAUUCUAUAUUUAGAUAUUACUGCAGAAUAGUCUGUGUAUAUGGGUCAUGCAAGACACUACUUCUCAGAGAGUAAAAUGACAUGUUCAAUCACAUUUCAGUCUGAUGUAAAGCCUGAAUAUAUCUGAGCUGAAAACAUGCAUUCCCUUUGUGAACCCUUUGGAAUUCUCUCUAGAAAAUGGAAUCUGAUUUUCAAAAAGUCACAAAAAUAGACAAACAUAAUCUGCUUAAACUAAUAACACACAAACAAUUCUACUUAUUGUCAAUACUUAACACACUAUUUAAACUUUGAAGUCCUAGGUGGAGGUGAAUGUGAACUCUUGUACGUAGUAACUGAUAGGAUCUCCUUCAGCAGCAGACGCAGCUCUGCCAAGUGUUUGCUGUAGCUGCACAUCCGACAUGCACAAUGGUUUGGAGAGAUUUUAGAGUACUGCUCUUUACAAAGCUGUUUCAGUUCAGCGAUAUUUCUGAGAUGCCACAGUAUGUCAGUUAGGUUGAGAUCUAGACUCAGCCAUUCCAGAACACAAAUUUUCCUUUGUUCAAGCCUCUCUGUUGUUGAUCUGCGCUGUGUUUCAGGUCAUUGUCUUUUUGUAUCUUCCAGCUUCUGUCAAGUUUCAGGUGACAGACUGCUACUCUGAGAAUUUCAUGUUGAAUUUAUUGGUACAUUUUUUAAUUCAUCGUUGACAGCAAGCCAUCAAGGCUGUGAGGCAGCAAAGCAGUCCAAACCCUGAUGCCAUCUCUUAACACGCUUAACAGUUGAGGUGAGGUUUGGUGUUAGUGUGGACUCUUUUUUUUCCUUCCAAACACAGCGAUACAUGAGUCUGCCAAAGAUGUCAGCUUUUUUUGGGUUUGUCCACAUUCUCUUAGGAGUGUUUUGGAACAACCAGGUGGCCUUUUGCAAAAUUGACACAUGCCACAGUGUUUUUCUUUUAAAGGACAGUGGUUUGCUCCAUGGUGUCUUUCAAUAACUACCGUUCUUGGUAAGUGUUUAAUCUUAUAGUGGACACACGAACAGCGAGUUUGAAAAGUUCAAGAGGUUUCUGCACUUCUUUUGCCGUUCCCCUGAAGUUCUUUAUUGUUCUCUUCAGCAUUGCACACUGCAUGUUUACCAUCCCACUCCUAGGACGAUCCGCAACAGUACUGAAUUUCCGAAGCGGUCAAUUUAUCUUACUGUGAUUUGAUGAGCAUUGAGGCCUUUAGAAAUGCCUUUGUAGCUGCUUCCAUCUUAAUGUAACACUGUGAUUUUCCUCCUAGAGCCUGCUGAUUUUGGCUGGGCAUUGUGAUAUGAGCAGAUCCUUCUUGAGAAUAGCACACUCUGUUCGUAACCAAACUGUGUGUGCCUUUUUUAUAGAGCAGGGUGCCUCUGCUGUCCACCUUUCAUCCAUUAACUGAAACACCUGACUCCAGGUAUCUUUUUGGAAAAGUCAAUAGCCUGGAGAGUCAAAUGCUUUUUCUAAUGUGCACUGUGUAUGUUUAAGUGACGUUUUCAGUACUAACCAGAUGAGGUGCAAUUUCUUAAUGUGUUACUAGAUGAAGCAGAUUGUGUUUGUCUGUCAUUGUAACUUAGUCGAACAUCAGACCAAAUAGAUAUGAAUAUGUAAAGCGGAAACAUUUUCCUCGUGUCAGUGAGGUGUUUUUUUCCCCCAGGUACUUCACUUUUCAUCCCACAUUACAUAAAGAGUGCAUUGUAAGUUUGCUGGUGUCUCAUGACAUGAGCAAGUGUUGGGUUGCGUGUCAGUGUAAACUCCAGGCCUGGCUCUUGCCUUGUACCCAAUAUUGCCUAUUGAGAAAUUGAAUGAGUGGAUGACAUUCCAUAUCAGAUGUCCCCAAAUAAAGCUUUGCUAACCCCCCAACCCAUUAGGCAGAUGUCUACUCAAAGAAUCAUGCAUGAAAAGGGACCAGAGAGAAGACCAACAAUGCCUAGUAUUUGAAAUGCUUGAUCUCAAAUUAUUUUAUUUUGUAUUAUUUAGCAUUAAUCCAUGCAAGAACUCUAAAUCUAGAUUUACUAACCCUGCCAGCUGGUUUAAAAUGACAUUUAAAGCCAUGCAGUAAAAUUUUACAGCCAGACUCGCAUUGGACUGACAAGUGAACGAAAACAGUUGGUGCCAACUGGAUGUCAAACAGAGGAUGGUGGAGACAAAAGGAGGAGGUCCUCAUUCUGCAGUGGAUGAAGUGAAGGUGAAGUAAAAUUCUACCCACUCCAGCAGCGAUGUCUAUCUUGUACCCUAAAUGCUUGCAGUUUCCAAUCUCUCCUGUAGUUCCACUUUGAUUUGCAGAGCAGUGAAUGACAUGGUGUACCAGUGCAUGCAAGCAACCGUGAAAUUCAAACGCAGAUCUCAGUCCUUACAGGCUGCUGGUUAAUUGUUCCUUAUAUUGUUUGUUUGUCACCUCUCAUAGACCACCUCUUGGUUGAAAAGGGUGAAAGAGGAGCAAUGCCCUUUACUUAAUUUUGAAUAAAUAAAAACUUUUGUAAGCAAAAACUUUGUGAUAUGUAAUCUUAUUGUUUCAUAGACUACUGGUAGUGAUAAUUUAGAAGUUACAAAAUACAGUAUGUGCCUAAUAUGGUGUAAACAUGUUUUUCUUUACCUUAUUUUUCUAUGUCUUAACAUCAAACAUCUUCUUGUUAGAAUAGUUACAUUAACUUUAGUAAAAGAAAAUCACUAAAUAUUUGCUUGUUACCAAAAUUAGUUCCUGUUGCCAAGCUGUGCUUAGAUAUCUUCAUAUUGCACUGCUCCUAUUCAAGAGCUCCUUUGGAUUAUACACCUAUUUAUAUAUCUACUGUAUGUAUACAUAUAUGAUAAGAUAUAUUUGUAUGUAAACAAAAUUAUUGCUUGAAAUAAUCUGCCGUCUGCUUUUAAACUAUAGUCAUAGAAAACAAUGAAUGUGUCUUUCUGCCAGCAAUCAGGGAGAAAUUGCAUACAGCAGUCGUGUUUGGUGUUGCCAUCCUCAGAUAGAGACUUCCCUUUGAAAUAUCAAGGGAAUAUAUUUUAAUGUAACAUAAUUUUGUUAUAAAAUGGAUAGUGCAACUUAAAACUAAUCCUUGUUGAUUUUGGACUAGUUGCAGAAACAUUUAAGGGGAUGUGAGCUGCUUAUUUCUAGAUAUUUAGGAACAUUCAGCUUGGCAAACCUUGAAUUUUAAUCCUAAGGACAUUAUAUGUAAAUACGAAAAACAUAACCUUUUUCUCCACAGUUUUAUGUGGAAAAUUUAUUAGUAUUUGCUCUGGAAAUAAGUACACAUAUAAAAGACGUAUGAAGCUAACUUUUCAUACAGUGUUGUUUGAAAUUUUUCAAGUGUGCAGGCACAACUUGUAUAGGCAAAAGGCCAAAGCUUUUGUAACAUUUACAUUGUCAUUUCUAACGAAAACUGAGUAAAUGUCAGUCUUGUUAACAUUAUAGACAAAGCAUAUUUCAGUAGGUGGCUACACCUGCAUUUUGAAAGCAUUUAAUAUGAAGGGGGAAAGAAAUAAGGAAUGCAACAACCUCGUUAGAGAUGACCCCACAGUGAAGAAAUGGAGCCUGGAAAUGGCAGUGGUUAACCUGACAUUUAGGAAGGGGUUAGAUUGCCUGAAGGACUGGCUGCGUCAGCCAGACUGACCUGCACAUUGUCUGUAGCACCGAAUCUUCAUUUGAAUGGGCCAGAUCCCACACCGCAUGCAGCACACUGUCCUAGUUUACUGGGAGGAGCAUUCUGUAUAGCCAUAAAAAGGGAAACUUGCGUAUCUGCCUUUGUCAAAAGCCACAUACGAACCUAGACUGUUAAAAUCUUUCAUGUAAAAAUGAUUUCCAGUACGCAUACAGUUGUUCUUCAUCAUGAAAAGCACAUUAAGAUUUUCUUAAAGUUUAUGUCGGAUCUCCCCAGUGUCCUGGCUAAAACAGCAUGAUAUCGGUCAUGUUUACAGACACUCUGUUAUCCUGUAUUAGUUGAUCCCAAAUGAAUUGUAUUGGAGUAGCAGUACCUCUAACCUGGGAAUGGGUAAACGAUAAACAACGAGACCGUGCUAACAGUUUAGCAGUGCAAGGAAUGUGUGUAUCAUGGUGUAAUUAUCUGAGUGUAAUUGUUGUAUGUCAUUUUUUAAUGCAUGAUCGCUCUAGGCCGUUGAGAAGCAGGGAUUGGCAUUGCUAAGUAAACUGAUGUUGAAACUACAGUAUUGUAUUUAUGUAGCAAUGAAUGUGAAGUUUUUAAUAUGUAAACACAAUAUACACACCUGUAUACUCAAUGUAAAAAUUAUAUUCAUGUUGUAAUGAAGAAAUAAACUAGAUCUUGUAAAAUA